CAGUUAAUAUAGAGGAGUUUUAGUGUUAGAAAUAAUCAACCGGCUCUGUUGUGUGGCUCUGGUCAUGCAGACGUGUGAAUAUGAGUCAACCUUUGAAUGUGGGAACAUUACGUGGUAGGGAGGGGCUGAGAGGGAGCAGAAGUACACUGAGACAGAGAUAGGGAAGGCUGACCAGGUUGUCCGAGGGAUUUUGCAGCACCUUGGAGCUCCAAAUAUCCUUCUCUCCUGAUCAUCACUUUCUCUACAAAAAUUCAUGGAUCCUGUUUUAAAUCAGAGAGGAUUUAUGGCGAUGACUGUCACUUGAUGUCCCGCUGAAGUGGAUUUCUGAGCUCCAGUAUGCCGUGCCUCCUUUCUAUCCCUGCGUGCUCCUUAGUCUGCCUCAUGUUGUUGGGUUUUUGCUGGAACAAAGCAGCCUGUUCUCCUAGAGGAGGCAUAAACAUAUGGCAGCAGCCCACAACAAGCCCCAUCAUCACAGACCAACCUUUCCUUCAUGGCACGUUCCCCUCAGGAUUCCUCUGGGGUUCAGGAACGUCAGCAUUUCAAACAGAGGGAGCCUGGAAUCAGGAUGGCAAAGGGACCUCUAUUUGGGAUUUUUUCACCCACUCCUCCACGGGUGGUAAAUCAAAUGGAGACACGGCAGAUGUUGCGAGUGACAGUUACAAGUGCUGGGAAGAGGAUGUUAACUCACUGGAUUAUCUAGGUGUGAGAGCCUACUCUUUCUCCCUGUCAUGGCCUAGGCUCUUUCCUGAUGGCAAUGCUGCAGGCAAGCCCAACGCAGCAGCUGUGGAGCACUACAGCAGCCUCAUAGAGAAGCUUCUGGAGAAAAAGAUCCAGCCCAUCGUCACUCUUUACCACUCUGACUUGCCACAGGUUUUGCAAGAGCAAUAUGGAGGCUGGAAAAAUGAAACGUUGGUGGAGCUUUUUGGAGCGUACGUCCGUUUUUGUUUCCACACGUUUGGGAGUCGGGUAAAGCACUGGCUCACCAUGCACAAUCCAUACCUGGUGGCUGUGCAAGGAUAUGGGACAGGCAUGCAUGCUCCUGGAGAGAAAGGGGGUCUUUCUGGCUCACUUAUUGUGGCCCACAACCUUAUCAGGGCUCAUGCCAGAGCAUGGCACAUCUAUGACUCUCACUUCCGGGCAACUCAAAAAGGUAAAGUGUCUAUAGUUUUAGGGUCCCACUGGGUUGAACCCCAAAGAGGUGAAGCCACCACUGCCAGCGUUGAGCUUUGCCAGCAGUCAAUAGAGGCUGUUCUUGGCUGGUUUGCCGGUCCCAUUUUCGGUGAGGGGAACUAUCCUGACUCUCUGAGAAAGAAGUAUGGCCACCUCCUGCCCUCGUUCACGCCUGAGGAGAAACUUUGGGUGAAGAAAACUGCAGAUUUUUUUGCUCUGUCGUUUGGGCCCAAUAAUCUCCGUCUAGGCCGAGAUCUGAUCCACCAUGGACAAACUGUAACUCCAAACCUGCGGCGGCUCCUGAGCUGGAUAAAAGUAGAAUAUGGGGACCUGAGGGUGCUGGUGGCCGAGGCAGGCUGGUUCUCUGAAGCCAGCGUGGGAAGAGAAGACACAGUUUCUAUUUAUUUGAUGAAGAACUUCAUCAACCAAGUUUUGCAAGCUGUAGAGCGCGAUGGCGUUCAGGUGUUCGGCUAUGUGGCCUGGUCACUGGUGGACGGAUUUGAGUGGAAUUACGGCUACAGUAUUAGAAGAGGCUUGUUCUAUGUUGACUUCAACCAGCCAGGCUGUGCCAGGACCCCCAAGACCUCCGCUCAGUACUAUAGGCAGGUGGUUGGUGACAAUGGUUUCCACAGGGAUGAACCCUCCACAGAGGUUAAAGGUCACUUCCCCUGCAACUUUCAUUGGGGCAUCGCAGACUCUACCCUACAGGUCCACUUCCACCCCUACUCCCCUCAGUUCACUGAUCCUCAGCUGUAUAGAUGGAACCUGACAGGAGAUGGAUCACUGCAUCCGGUCCCGGGAGUGAAGCUGCAGACCAGACCAGCUCAGUGCACUGACUACCUGGCUAUUCCAAGUCAUCUUCGCAUGUUAGCGUCCACAGGGGCAUCCCAUUAUCGCUUUGCUCUGAACUGGACCUUGAUUCUGCCGAAUGGAGAUCGCUCUCUUGUGAACACAGAAGCUUUGAGGUACUACCGCUGUGUGCUGAUGGAGCUCAAGAAGCUGGGUCUGGAGGCCAUGGUCAUCAUGUACUAUCCUACACACAGAGCCCCUAACCUGGGUUUACCUGCUGCACUCCAUGAUUCUGGGGGUUGGCUUCAAUACACCACAGUGGAAGCUUUUCAACAAUAUGCUGGACUUUGCUACCAGGAAUUUGGCAAAUGGGUUCGACACUGGCUCACCAUAAAUGAGCCAAACAGACUCAUUGAUGCUUAUUCUAGUGAGAUAGAUAGACACCAAGCAGCUCAUAACCUUCUUCUAGCUCAUGCAAAAGCCUGGAGGUUGCAUGAGAGGGAAUACAACCAUCAGCAGCAAUCGUUGGUGUCCCUCGCGCUACAUGCUGACUGGGCCCAACCAGCAAACCCUUUCUUAGAAUCUCAUGAAGCAGCAGCAGAAAGAUUCCUUCUGUUUGAGAUCGGUCGAUUUCUCGAUCCACUACUGGGAACACAGCAGGGAGAAGAGCAGAGUAAAGGAGACUACCCACAUGAAAUGAAGACAUACCUGGCGGAGAGAGCUCGUGUGAUAGGCCUCCCAGGAUCCCCUCUUCCUAACUUUACAGACAGUGAGAGGGAGGAGCUAAGAGGGGCUUUGAGUUUUAUUGCUCUCAACCAUUUCACCACACGCUUAGUUUCUCCUCAACCUCAGACGCAGAGAAACCCAUCGCCUGACCAUGGCUGCUUGACCCUCUCUGACCCCACCUGGCCCUCCUCCAGCAUGGGACAGGCACUGGUACCUUGGGGGCUGCGCAAGAUGCUGAGAUGGAUGAGCCAGAGAUAUGGCAAAAAACUGCCUAUCAUCAUCACAGGCAGUGGCAUUGAUGACCCGGCUCCUGUCGAGGAUGUACUCAGACAGCAAUACCUGAGGAGUUACCUGCAGGAGGGGCUCAAAGCGUACCUUGAUGGAGUUAACUUGCAGGGCUUCUACAUGUGGAAGCUCCAAGAUCGUCACGGGCCCCAGUACGGCCUCUUCACCUCAGCUCGACUCCAAUCCAAACCCAAGGCCUCCGUCGCUGCCUACAGAGACAUCAUCGCUCACAGCGGUCUUCCCAACAACGCCACAGAGCAGCCGUGCACAUCCAGCGAGCUGCACAAAAGUUGCUCCACAUGCGAGUGGAUAUUUAGGAACAAAGCGUUGCUGGUUUUCGGAGGCUGCCUUCUCAUAACAGCUGGUAUGCUGGCAGCACUUGUUGUCUAUGUCAUCUUUGCCAGGAGAAAUCGUAAACAAGACAGAGGAAGACGCAAAUGCAGGGUAAACCAGAGGAGAAAAAAGAAAGGAGCUCCCAUGCUUUUGUGUCCCACUGUCAAAUAUUAGUAUUGGAAGAGACUUUCCAGAACUCAAAUAAGCUAUAAUGUUUUUCUCUCAUCUUUAAGGAACUCUUUCUUGGUUUUUGUAAAGUUGUACUAUCAAGAGAAAGCAUCUCUGUGUGUGUAUGUGGUUAUAGAACAUUGCAUAAUGGUAAAAAAAAUGUAUCCAUCUGUGUGGUUCUACAAAAAAAAAAAAAAGAAAAAAAAAAUAAGUCCAGGUUGUUAUUUAAGUGCAAAGCUGAUAUAAUGCCAACAAUAAUUAGUUUGAUGUGGAACUUUAAUGAGUAAAAAUUGUAUUUGUAUGUUUAAAACCCCAAAAAGGAUAAACCCAACAAAAGCAAACAAAAAGACAAAAACAGCAAAACUUUAGCUUGUCUUUUUAUUUUGUGACAGGAGUACGCCCCCUACUGCCAUCAUGUUGAGAUUUCUUUUAGUGUUUUUUUUUCCUUUUUUUUUUUACAGAAUCGAAAUUUUCUCAUAAGACUCUCACUUAAGUGAUAAAUACCUCAUUGUAAGUAGCUGUAAGGUAUAUAAAUAUAUGUUUCAUUGCAGACAGAAAAGAUCUGUAAAAAUGUGUUUAUAGGUUUUUGUUUGUGUAUGUGUACCUGAAUCUAAGUAACUAAAUGAGAAUUAGUGCAAUAAAGAUUUAUGUCAAAUUCUA